AUGAUCUCAGAAACUGGUAACGACAAUCUGAAGGCCGACUAUCCCCGAUCCGACGAGACCAUCUGCCCAGACUCCCCCGUCUCCUCGUCUCCAGAAGCCGGGCAGCUGUUGAGCAGGAGGCGGGGCACCCAGACGACCAGCGGCAGCAUCAACCCGGAGGAGAGCAGCAUCCAGCCCCUGGUCUCCUCAGCCGCGGCCGCCGCCUGCAUCAUGACAUCGGGGGAGUUCAUGCAGACCGCUCCCCUGCUGGUGCACAAAUCCAAGAGGAGCCUUCUGUACAAGGCGCUCUGCUUCCUCAUCCUCAUCUUCCAGGGCGGCAUACUGGACUUCUACCUCAUCAUCUUCACGGAUCUGUACUGGUGCUCAUGGAUCGCCACGGAUCUCGUGGUGAUAUCGGGCUGGGGCAUUUUCUUCAUGAAGAACGCCAGGAGCAAGAGGGAGCGGGCCUGCGGCUUCCACCAGAAGAGCUCCAUCUUCGGCUGCAACCUCGGGGAGUUCACCUACGCCUACCUGGCCUGGCUCAUCUACGUGAUCGCGUGCACUCCGAAAGUGGUACUCAUCCUGGAGACGUCUAUCCUGGAUCUGAUCGCGCUCAAAGUCCCGUGCGGGGUGACCGGCUUCAAAAUCAUCAUGCUGCUCUCCGCCCCGCUACUCUUCUGCCUCAUCAACUCCAUCAUCGAGGAUCUGAACGGGGCGACGCGCCAUCACUCCCAGAGCUGCUUCAUGAGCACCUGCCUGGACGUGCUGGAUAGCUUCACGCUGGUGGAGAUGCUGCUGCGGAACGAGAUCCCCACCGUCUACUUGAAGUACACCGUCAUCUCCGUGUACUUCAUCGCGCUGGCCGUCCCGGUGGUCUGGCUGUACGAGCUGACGGCGUCGGAGCUGCGCUGCCGGUGGCUGUGGGCGAGGUUCAUCACGGGCCUGGUGGUCAACGCUCCCCUGCUGGCGGUCAGGUGUUUCCAGGUCUACGUUUACAAGAUGCCCAUUUCGGUUUUCAUGUUCAAGAAUAUGUUCUUCCUGGUGUGUGAGUUUCUGGAGCUGGUGGAACAGUGCGUGACGGUGCGCGGGGUGAGGAGGCUGAGCGGCGGCAACAACCCGGCCCAGUUCUCUCACUGCGUGUCCGAGAACGACAUGUGUCCCCACGGGUAUGUCAACACCCUGGCCGUCACGCAGUCAUAGACCUCAGCUCAAACAGUAAAGCCACCAGGAGCCAGUCUGUGCCACACUGACGGCAGGGCUCUGUCUG